UAGCUAUAAUCGACAUAACCUCAAUUUUUUACUGAAGUUAAUAAGUAUUAAAAUAUAAUAAUCUACUGUUUAUAAUCAAUUACUUAUUAAAAAUUAAUCUAAUGGAGAUAAAGGUACUUAAAAGUAAACAGCUGUGAUAUUUAUGAAAAGUAUUAAGGGAGUAACAGAUAGGUUAUCGUCUGGUAUAUGUUAGGUGUUUUCUACCUUUAAAGAUGGGAAAGGGGUUGCUUUCAUUAAUAUUAUUGUUAAAUAUUGUAUAUAAGGGUUAUUCUGCGUUUACUGAUGACGAUUCAUGUCAAUCUUAUGCAGGUGGAACUGUUUAUCCUAUUGGAUCAAAUCCAGAAAAAACAGAACAUAAACUUCAAUGGACUAAAGCAGUUAUUUCAAAACCUGCCCCGUUUUGGGAAAGUACAGCAGUUGUUAAUGGAGAAUUUGUUCAACUGAAGUUGUCUGAUUAUGCUAACAAAUACUUGGUAUUCUUCUUUUACCCCCUGGAUUUUACGUUUGUGUGCCCCACUGAAAUUCUAGCAUUCAGUGACAGAAUUGAUGAAUUUAGAAAAAUAAAUACAGAGGUUGUAGCUUGUUCAGUUGAUUCACAUUUCACUCACCUUGCAUGGAUAAAUACUCCACGCAAGGAGGGUGGUCUAGGCAAAAUCAACAUUCCCCUUCUAUCUGAUCUAAACCACAAUAUCAGUAAAGAUUAUGGAGUAUUUUUAGAGGACGUGGGACAUACUUUAAGGGGGUUGUUUAUUAUAGACAGAAAAGGUAUUUUAAGACAAAUAACUAUGAAUGAUCUUCCUGUGGGUAGAAGUGUUGAUGAAACACUCAGAUUAGUACAGGCCUUUCAGUAUACUGAUAAGCAUGGUGAAGUGUGUCCAGCAGGGUGGAAACCCGGUCAAGAUACUAUAAUUCCUAAUCCUGUGGAAAAGAAGAAAUAUUUCGAAAAUCAUUAAUAAAUGGCUCUAUUUCCUACCUGCCUGUCUUUCUCAGUGCCACAACAUUGACAAUUUUUAAGCAUCACAACUUAUGAUUAUUUCUUUUAAUUUUUAAGGACUGAUUUUGCAUUCCUUCUUUAUGUAAUAAUGUUUAAAUUGGAUUUCGUUUCAAUGUUUCAAUUGAUAAUUAAAUGUAUAAUGUCUUUUAAUACUUGUAUUUUUAUAAAUAAAAAGAUAUUUUUAAAGUA